GAUGACCACCGGGUCGACUGACUGUCUGUCGGCUUCCACAAUUUCUUUGCGAAAGCACACGUCUUUUCUUUUCCUUUUUGCUGUCUACUUCAACGGGGAAUUUCCGUCCCUCCUGAUACAUCAGAGUCUGAACGCCUACCCGGCAGAUCUAUAAGUCUCGCAUACAUCUGCUGCGCCGUCGUCGCUGUGGAUCCCAAAUUCCCGUCAAUUUCAGAAUCGUCCAGAUAGAUUUUUGCUGAUCCUUCCCCAAGAAUGGUGUUCGCAGGGCCUUCCUCUCCGUCCAGCACCGAUUCAGACACCGAGAGUGUAGCGAAGACAGGUUCUUGUCCAUUUUUCCCAGGAACGGUGCUCUCCGCGCCAUUCUCUCAGGCCAGAACCGAUUCAGACACCAGGAGUGGAGGGAUGGGAGAGAAGGCAGAAAAGCGGAAGUGGAAAUUGGGCCUAAAUUCUGACCAACUUGGAAGCAAAGCUAUGACAGGACCGCCAGCGUCUCGAAAAGCUCUUGCGAAGAAGCCCAAGGUAAAGCGAGAUGCAUUGAUGAGAAGUGAGAUUGGGAAGUUGGCGGCGGCGAGUGGUGGUGGCAUGGACGAAGCUCUAGCUGCAGUGAAAGCCGGGGAGGUGAUAACGCCCUGCCUGAAGAUGUACACACUGGCGCAGCUGAAGAGCGCGACCAGGAACUUCAGGGACAUGAAGCUCGGGGAGGGCGGGUUCGGGGAGGUGUUCAAGGGCUGGGUGGACGAGAGGACCCUCGCCCCGUCCAAGGUCGGCAGCGGGAUCCCGGUCGCCGUCAAGAAGUCCAACCCCGACAGCUUUCAGGGCAUGAACGAAUGGGAGUCGGAAGUUAAGUUAUUGGGGAAGUUUUCUCACCCAAAUAUCGUGAAAUUACUGGGUUAUUGCUGGGAAGACAAUCAGUACCUGAAGACUCGUAUGUACGAUUACGUGCAGAGGGGAAGCUUAGAUGAUCACUUUUUCAGAAGGGAAGCUGAACCACUUCCGUGGAACGUGAGGCUUAAAAUAGCAAUCGGAGCUGCCCGUGGGCUUAAUUUCUUGCAUGCACCCGAGAAUAACGUCAUCUACAGGGACUUCAAACCUUCGAAUAUAUUAUUGGAUGCGGACUACAAAGCUAAGCUCUCGGAUUUCGGGCUAGCGAAACAGGGGCCAGCGAGUGGGAACUCUUAUGUGACCACGCGAGUGAUUGAGAUGGAUGGGUAUGCCGCUUCCGAGUACUCUGCCGUCCGUAAGACAGAGAUCCUAUCUUUCUUCUCCUCGGGCAAUGUUGGAUCGGUGACAACAACGCUCUUUAGAAGAUUACGAGAUUACUUGGCAGGUGUUCUGCGAAAUGAUCGAUCGGAUUUAGGGCUAGCAAAGCUGGGACCAGCGUACAGGAACUCUCAUGUGACCACGCGAGUGAUGGGAACAUAUGGAUACGCCGCGCCUGAGUACAUUGCCACCGGACGUCUCUAUGUGAAGAGUGACGUAUACGGUUUCGGGGUGGUUCUCCUAGAAAUGUUGACGGGUUCACGAGUGGUCGACUGUUCCCGCCCCAGCGGCCAGCAGAAUCUGGUGGAACGGGCAAGGCCGUUGCUCCACGACAAGAGGAAGCUAAGGAAGAUAAUGGAUCCGAGACUAAAAGGUCAAUACCCUUUGAAAGCUGCAACUCAGGCGGCUAAGCUCAUCCUCAAAUGCCUGGAGGCCGAUCCUAAAGUGAGGCCCUCGAUGGAGGAAGUGCUGGUGACAUUAGAAAACAUCAACACCAUUUGGGAGAAAAACCAGGAGACCAGGGAGGAUGCAUUGAGCCGGCCUUCUUCUUACCAGCAUCAUCACAACCACCAUUGAUCACCAAUUCGCCACAAUCAGAGUGCUGACGGUCCUUAUGGAUCUGGAAGUCGAUACUCCCCAUCUGCAGUGUCAAGGACUCAUCGAGAUGGAAAUUUAACUUAUUUCUUGAGACCAGACGGAGUUGAAAUCUGUUAUUUAGUAGGAUAUGCAACUCAGGCAUUAGAAUUUUGCAAGUAGAAAGCAACUCUAAAGGCUAGUCUCUUGUUAAAUCUUUGUCAAGGAUCGCAUUGCAGGUGGGGUUGGCUCUUCACGGUCAAAUUUGUGCGUACAGUUUGCAGGUGGGGUUGGCUCUUCAGGGACAGUAUAAUCAUGCUAAUUGCUCAGUCGCCUUCGAAGUUAAUUUGCCCAUUUAUGAAGCAGAGAUCCGAAGAUAGUCCUACCAUGCCAUCCUCUACGAGCUAACACCUGUAUUGCUAAAUGUAAUAAAACUGAUUUACUCUCUUGUUUGCACGAACGAGGAGUUGGAAGUGUCAUUCAAGCACAAUGCACUGCCAAAAGAAUGGAGGCAAAUUAACUCUGAAUUCUAACUUCUCGUCCAACAUAGCAGAAGGUGCAUUUCAUGACAUCCUUUCCCCAAUGCACUUGAGAGCAGUGAGGCGGUUGAUUUUACCACCCGUAAUCAAAUGCAUGAUGAUAUUACCGGCAGUACAAUCUGCUCACUCGAUAUUCUAUGUAAAUGGAGAAAGCAAUAACCAAACACAAUGGAGUAGGAUCAGCACAUGCAAUUGGCAUUUAUUAAAUCAGGAAUAUCAUGUCGCCAGAGAGUUUGUAUUACAAGGCAAGUUCAAUAUACCGCAACAAAAAUAGAGUUUCUAGCUCAGACACCGUUUUGUC